AUAAAAAUUAACACUCAAAUUUUGCGUCUCAGAAGAAAAAUGUCUUUAAGCGAUGAAAUAAACCAACCGGAAAACACUACAUACCAAUGUUUUGAGGUGGGAAUGAAUUACAUUUUUGAAGAGGAACUAUCAGCUUCCCUAACCACAACUUGGGAGGAAGUAAUUGUGGAGGAGUCAGUGCGGGAUAACUCCGAGGCGUCCACUCAAGAGCUUGCACAAACUACCUCUUCCAAUAACGGUAGUACGACAAAAGAUGUAUAUGCACAGGAAGAGUUGUUUGCACAAUAUUUUGAAAUUAUCCAGAAGCUAGAUAGUACUGACUAUCACAAGCAACGUGGGGGUGUACUUGCAAAAUGUCGCUUUUGCACAACUAAACUACAAGGUUCAUUUCAAGUGACUUCGAAUUUCGUACGCCAUUUACGGAUAAAGCAUCCUCAACAAUUAGCAGAAUAUGAGCAAUUUAAGUCUUACAGUUCAAGAAAAAGGCAAUAUAGCGAUACCAUAUUUCAAAACCUUACAGUAAAAGUUAUCGCGAAUAACAUGCUUCCAAUAUCUAUUGUGGAAGAUAAAACGUUUAGACAGUUUGUUACAUUUUUGAAUCCCCAAGCAAAAUUAAUGACUAGGACAACGGGUACAAAACGAAUUGAUGAUUGUUAUAAAUCAAUGAUA